AUGGCCCGCAAAGGCGGGAACUCGAUGCAACCGCCACCCCCACCCAAAGGAACUACGAACACACAUGUGAAUGGUCCUUCGCCUCCAUCUACAAUUGCUGCUCAGAUUCUGCACAACGCUUCCAAUGUUCAUACUCGACACGGUGCGCAAGCCAAAGUUAGCUUUGGAGAGCUAGUCAAAGAAUUCCUGCAGCACCCAAACACAGAUGAGUCUGAUUCUCAACUGGUUGCACUAAUAAGUGUCAUAUCUGAAGCUGGAUUGGAGGGCCUGUAUAAAGAUGACCCCUUUGCCCAAGACCAACAGCGGCAGCAGAGUGUCGACAGUAUCGAUGCGUUGAAAAUCAUUAUAAAACAAAAGCCUCAUUUGCUCAUGAGUAUCAAAGAUGGUGACGAACAAGGAGGUCCUCGGCCACGGCUUCUCCUCUGGCUUUUCCCCAAAUUACUGCGCCUAUUGACGCAUAAAACAUUGCGCUUCAUUCACCAACCUGCACAGGAGCUUCUUGAACUCUGUCUGGGAGCCCUCGUUCAAACAUCCGCGCUUUGGCGACAGGCAAGGGUAGCCUUGCGGUUGUACAAGUCUUGUGUUCAAACCAUGCUAGUCGAAUUGAAGUGUCUAGAUGAUAUAUCAUCUUUGCGCGGACACAAAUUCAGCAUUACCGUGCCACCGUCAAAAUGCAUAGGCGAGUUUUGGCCAGAGAGCCAACAAUUCGUGGCGUUACCCCAUGAUUUACAGACAGGAAUUACUUCACCACUUACGUGCAUUUAUGUUGGGCUCAGAAUUCUGCAUGCGCUAGUAGCUGCUACACGUUUGGAGGUCCGAAAGCAGGCAGGCUCGGCCUCAUUCGAGCCUGAACUACUCUGGGCGCUCGAUAGUACUAUUGUGCUAUGGCAAGUCUUCCGGAGGUGGACGACAAAUUCUGACAAGCAGCCUUUGGGUGAUGAGAUUGUGAUGCUGUACCUACAUCUAAUCGAAGCAUUGGCCAUUCCCCUUGGAGGUCCUGGUGACUAUUUUCCGAACUCACCAAAAGCCGGCCAAGCUCUCGUCAAGAGUCUAACCAACUUUACUGAGCAGGAAUAUAUUUCGACCAUGUCAGAAUCAAACCAGUCACACUUAGCUUCAUUGUUAACACGUUUACGAAGCAGUCUAUUAUCUAGAACAUCUUGCAAUUUGGUUCUCCGAGCACGACAAGCCAAAAGUCGGCCUAUUACCCUAGAUAUCCUAGAGGCAAAUAUCUAUCAAGUAUGUCAGUCGACCGAGCUUCUCUUAGCCCUCCACAGAGAUUUGCAGCUCGCACUGUGUUUGUGGACCUCUCCAGGGGACUGGCCAAUUGAAGUGGCAGAUCUUCGUCAAGACCUAUGUGACAAUGGGGCAAAGAGUUUUUCCGCUGCUCAAAUUGGACUCCAGUCAUAUCCAGUCUUCCAAGAGUUCAAAAUAUCAAAUUUUUCCGAUGGUGACAGGCCAGUUAAGCGACGUAAAACACAGCCUGAGCCCGUAGAAGACGGAGAUGUCAACACGUCAGUAUAUGAACAACUUGUGACCACUUUAUGUGGCAGCACACAGGAGUCUCCAGCGCUGGAUUUGACUAAUCUUCACAAUAUCAUUUUAGAAAAAUUCUCUUUGAUGCCAGAUGACAACCACCAAAAUCAAGAAUCCCAAUCCAAGAUGAUUGAAGCUUUUGCAAGGAUAGCCUGCGCAGGAUCACGAAGCCUUCGAAGUUCUACGGCCCAUUCGAAAACACUAGAAAGCCAUCGUUGCACGCUGUGCGAUGAUUCCGACGAAUCUAAACGGGAUGCGACAGUAUACUGGGACAUCAAUAGCAAUUCAGACGAGUGGAAAGACGUCAUUGCUGCAAUGCUGCUAGUUACUAAAGAGGCCAAAUUUCAGGCAUCGAUCAAGUCUCGGAUACUUAUGGCUGUAGCCAUCGGGCGGGUCUUCAAUCACAUCGCAGAUUCAGAGUAUCUCAAUCUGGAGAUUUGCGAGCUCGGACAGUGGCUACUCGCUUCUAUGAGCAGGUCGUUACGAGAAUUAAAGCUUGCAGCAACAACGUCCCUCAUGGUGUUCCUGCGGAACGAUCUCUCUAAGAGGGUCAAGACCAAAAAUCGGAGGUCAGCUAUAGAAUUCUUGGAUGCGCUUUCCAAACGCAAUGCCCUUUCUGAUCAAGAAACGCUCAUCAUGGCAUACGGCCAGAUCGCUCACGUAUGUGGUGAACUGGAACUCCCCAUUGUACUACAUCAUUUGGUUGAAUUCCUUGGUCAUCCCAACGCCCUAGUGUGCGGUAUGGCUUACUGCGAGAUCGGAUCUAUUGCCAAGAAGUCUUCGAUGGAUACCACGCAGCUACUGAGUCCAUACUGGAAAGUCAUCGGAUUUUCCAUCAUCAAAGACAUCAUCAACAAACCACAAAAGGCACAGCAACUAGCUGACUUGACUGAGCAGAGCGUCCGUCAGCUUCUGGUCCACACGCAGUCGGAAACACUGCCCCAUUUAGUUCUAAGUAAGCGAAAGGACAUUAUCGAGAAGAUUGCGCAAGCCCGAAAAGCUUCCAUAGUCGAAGUCCUGACUCAACCAAGAGCCAAUUUGGCCAAAAUUCUUGCUCUAUUACUGUCACAGCCAGUGGCGGAUGUUGAACGCAACGCCAUGGACACUUUGGCAGCAGUGGAGCCGGCCAUGCGAGAGAGCAGUAACAAUAGGCUCGAGGCUUGGGUUACGCUGGACGUCACUGGCAUCGCUAUCGAGAUAUUAAUGUUGGCAGCAGACCAAGAAGGAGCGAGGAAAAAGCCAUUCUAUGACGGCUUUACCAUGCUCACUAUACUUGCCGACACAAAAUCAGCACAGCGCAAGCCUACGUCAAAAUCCAAGGCCUUGGAUGCGUUUUGCGAGGCCCACAUCCUCGGUAUCAUAGCGCAUUUCUCUGAUAUCAUUGAAAGUCCUUUGGCACAAGGGAAGGCUACGUUACGGUCUCUGCCCGAACGCAAAAGAAGUAUAGCCGCGAUUGGUGAUCUCAUAAAACUCGCGCGUUAUAGUGUAAAUGGAGCCUUGCCACAGAUUCGCGCAUGUCUUCAGUCCGCGAUGGCGGAUCCAGAUCUAUGCGAUGAUACAGUCGCCGUCUGGAUGGCAUUUCUCAGGGCGCUGGACGAAGAAGAGACAAUGCUUGUGGUAGAUCAAACUUUCGCUCUAAUCGUACAGCAUUGGAAUCUAUUUUCGGAGGAAACCCAGACACGAGCCCACGACACAAUCUUGAGCCUUACCAGCGAGUACAACGCCCAACUCAGGGCAAGGAUAGAAUAUUUACCCUCGCUUGCAGGAAUACCCAUGCUUUCCAAAACAGAAGCAGAGCUGGUGCGUUUCAAGGAAAUGGUCGACGAAAUCAAGGUCUUCCAAGCAUUCAGCAAUCGAUGCAAGGAUCAGAACGCCGUAGUUGUACGUCGAGCGUUGAAGGAGCUAGUGCCUUUCCUUGACACGCAUCAAAAAGUUCUGCAUCAGUCCAUGGUUGACCAGAAGCCGCUUCCAGUCCUUGCAGAUUUAACCCGUUCACUGCUUGACGCCAGUGUUCGAUUUGCAGAAGAUCACACUGACAUUACCGUACUGUGUGCCGAAUGUCUCGGAAUUGUCGGUGGUGUUGAUCCCUAUCGGGUGGAGACGGUUCGAGAGAAGAAGCGCGUUCUCAUGCUAUCCAACUUCUCCAAGAGGGACGAAGACAUCAAUUUUGUAGCCAUGCUCCUCGAACAGGUACUGGUCAAGGUAUUUCUAUCGACGACAAAUGCCAAGGCGCAAGGUUGGAUAGCAUAUGUUAUGCAGGAGAUGCUCAAGCAUUGUGGUUUCAGCGGUCUGCAUCUCUCCAAGCCACGUUCCUCACAAAACAGUACUGAAGCACAGCGUUGGAACAAGAUUCCUGAGGCUGUCCGUAACGUUUUAACGCCUUUUCUCAAUUCCAAGUAUUCGGUCAAUCAAAACCCUGCACUCCAGUACCAAGGUCCGGCCUAUCCCAUCUUCCCCACGGCCACCAGUCAUGGGACAUGGCUUCAAACGUUUGUUUAUGAUUUGUUACGGAAAGGACAAGGUGUCAAUGUCGAGAUGGUAUUCCCUGUCUUAGCUCGCAUCAUCCGAGGAUAUGACCUCUCCAUCGCAACAUUCAUCUUGCCUUUCGCUGCUUUGAAUGUUAUCGUCUCAGAUAACGAAAGAAAUAUGGAGAACAUUGGAAUAGAGCUACUGACAGUUUUACAAACAAAGAUCCAGUCCUUGGACCAGCAGAACGCAUCUAUGAUCAAGCAGUGCAGUGAAAACGUUUUCCAGACGCUAGACUAUUUGUCCUUGUGGCUACAAGAGAAGAGAAAAGCGGUAGCAGAGGCUAGGGUGAUGGCUGGUAAGACUGGCCGUGGUGUGUCAGAGGACGAAGAAAUGAACGCUAUCAAACAAAUCAGUCGAGUUGAAGGUAUUCUCCAAAUCAUUCCUGCAGAAGUCAUCUCCCGACGAGCUGUCGAGUGUGGAUCGUAUGCUCGAGCUUUGUUCCAUUGGGAGCAGUACUAUCGCGAACAAGAGCAAAUGAAAGUGGAGGCAAGCAAGCCAUUCUCCGAAAGGGACGAGCUAUUACAGCACCUGCAGAUGAUCUAUUCCCAUAUUGAUGAGCCCGACAGUAUUGAAGGUAUCUCGGCCCAUUUGAAGGUGCUGAACCCUGAGCAACAGAUUGUCGAAGAUCGCAAAGCUGGUCGAUGGACAGCAGCUCAGAGCUGGUACGAAAUUGCCUUGGCUGAGAAUCCGGACGACACGGAGACACAGAUCAACCUUUUGACUUGUCUAAAAGAGUCAGGUCAAUAUGAUUCCAUACUCAACUAUGUCGACAGCUUCCAUGCAUCCAAGACCGUUUCGAGCAGUACGCUCCCAUUCGCAGCUGAAGCUGCAUGGUCUGUAGGGAAAUGGGAGAAACUUGAGAGGCUCCUUGGGUCAUGUUGCGAUACUUUACCGGCGUUCAUGCAUUUCAAUGUCGGCUUAGGACGCGCACUUCUUGCGCUGCGUCACCAGAAUACCGCCGAGUUCCACAUGAUUAUUGGAAACCUCCGACAGUCGCUUGCGAAGAGUAUGUCUCCAUCAGUCACUGCUUCUCUCCAAGCAUGCCAUGAUCAUCUCGUCAAGCUUCACGCACUGUACGAGAUUGAGACAAUCAGUGGGAUGAGCACAAGAGUUGCUCAUGAACGUGAGACCAUCCUGCAAAAUCUAGACUUACGUCUGGACAUCAUCGGCGCAUACACUUCGGAUAAGCAAUAUCUCCUUGGACUUCGUCGUGCAGCUAUGACAUUUUCUGGUAUCGAAUUUACAAAGUUGAACAUUGCUUCAGCAUGGCUCACGACCGGAAGACUUGCACGGCAAGGUGACUUCAUGACAACUGCUUUCAACUCUGUGUUACAUGCCGAGCGCCUUGGAGAUAAUGCAUCCAAAAUUGAGUACUCGAAACUUCUUUGGAAGGAGGGUCACCACCGCAAAGCUAUACAGAAUCUCCGCGGUGCAAUUGAUGGUAAUGCUUUCCAAUCAGACCAGACUAUACCCGAAAAUCUUUCAAUCGCUACUACCGGUAUGGCGGCCCGGUAUGAGAUGAAUAAGGUCAAAUGCCAUGCUCAGCUAUUACUUGCGAAAUGGCUAGAUCAAGCUGGCCAAACACAAGCAGGAUCGCUAAAAGAGGAGUACGUUGAGGGAGUACAAAUCUACCCCAAAUGGGACAAGGGUCACUACUACCUUGGUCGCUGGUAUCUCAAGCUUCUCGAGUCCGAAAAACGAUCUCCGGUAUCACGGCAGAGUUCCGAGUAUCUCUCUGGAAGCCUAAUUAAGCUCGUGAUAGAAAACUUUGUCCGCUCCACUGUGUACGGUACGAAGUACUACUAUCAAACAUUACCCAAGAUUCUCACUCUUUGGCUGGACAUGGGUAUGGAAGUCAUGAACACUGCCCCGAGAGCGGCCAAAGACAAGGAGUUCCAUGACCACCGGAUACAGUAUCUGGAGUUUAUUAACAAGUAUCUAAAACGGUAUACUCAAGAGCGCAUGCCCGCAUUUGCGUGGUAUAGCGCAUUCCCACAAAUUAUAACGCGCAUCAGUCAUCCAAAUAAAAGUGUAUGGGAUGCGCUCCAGACAAUCAUCAUUCGGGUGGCAUCGACGUACCCACAGCAGGCGCUUUGGAGUCUUUUGGCAGUGCUUCAAUCAACGCAAGAUGAGCGUCGCAUUCGUGGCACCGCAGUGCUGCAAAAACUUCGUGUGAGUAAGAUAGCUGGCCAAGGUCGUACUUCUGCUGACCACGACAAGGAUGCCUCCAAAAAGAAGGGAGGCUCGCUCGAUUUGAAGAACCUGAUUAUCCAGGGCCAACGCUUGACUGAUGCACUUUUGGCCGCCUGUGAUGCGCCAGUGGAACAACGCGUCGCUCAUGUGAGUCUAUCGAAAGACUUGGGUUUCAAUCAUAAGCUUGCUCCCACACUGCUCGUCGUGCCUAUCGAGGCCAAUCUGCUUCCAAGUCUCCCAGCGGGCAACGAUAGCCAAGUCAUCCGUCGUCACAACCCUUUUCCAGCGGAUGCGAUCACAAUACAUUCCUUCAAGGAUGACGUCUUGGUGCUGUCAUCACUUCAACGUCCACGCAAAGUCAAUGUUCGUGGCUCAGACGGACGAUCGUACGGUCUACUCUGUAAGCCAAAAGAUGAUCUUCGCAAGGACCAGCGUCUCAUGGAGUUCAACGCUAUGAUCAACCGUACGCUACAAAGGGACAUAGAAUCCAGCAAACGCCGCCUAUACAUCAAGACUUAUGCCGUCACGCCUCUGAACGAAGAAUGCGGGACUAUCGAGUGGGUGGAAGGUCUGAAGCCCAUGCGCGACAUCAUCAUCCGCUUCUAUCGACAACGCAAUAUCCACAUCGACUAUUCGGAGAUUCGUUUGCUCCUCAAUGAAGCUUCUUCUACGCCAUCCAAGAUAUCCAUCUUCACAGAACGUAUCUUGGGUAAAUUUAUACCCGUGUUGCACGAGUGGUUUGUAGAGACGUUCCCUGAGCCAGAGGCGUGGUUCGCAGCCCGACUACGAUACACGCGUUCUUGCGCUGUCAUGAGCAUUGUCGGCCACGUCCUAGGACUCGGCGACCGUCAUGGGGAAAACGUGCUGCUAGAGCAAGGCGACGGAGGCACCUUUCACGUCGACUUCAACUGCCUCUUCGACAAAGGCCUCACGUUUGAGAAACCGGAGCUAGUUCCCUUUCGGCUCACGCACAACAUGGUCGAUGCCAUGGGUCCCCAAGGCGUAGAGGGACCCUUUCGCAAGGCCGCAGAGCUCACGUACAAGUUGCUGCGCCAGCACGAAGACACACUGAUCACCAUUCUCGAGACCUUUGUGCAUGAUCCCACGGCCGACUUCUUGGGCGGCAGGAAGCGCAAGAAGAUCUUUGGCGUGCCGGAUACUCCGCAGGAAGUGCUUGAUAUUACGAGGAGCAAGGUGAAUGGCUAUCUAAAGGGGGAGAGCGUGCCGUUGAGUGUAGAGGGAUAUGUCGAUGCGCUUAUUGCUAUGGCGAGGGAUCCUGCUAAUCUUGCGGCCAUGUAUAUUGGAUGGUGUGCGUUCUUUUAA